UUAUUUGUAAUUCAUAAUUUCAUAAUUUUUGAUCCCCCUAGUAUAGUCAGGAGGUUAAACUUGAAGGGAAAAAAUAACUAGCGAACAAUCAGUUAGUCAUAGAGUAAGAAUUAUCUGGUUAGUUUCGCAUCAAGUCAUUGGUAAGUAGUAGAAAUAACCUCUGCAGUCUGCACUCUGCACGCAAUUGUAUGUACGAUUUCUGCAAAGCGGCACUCCUCGAAAGUAGCGGAGAGUUGUAAAAUGCAAAAAAUCAAUGGUGGGAUAUAACAGAAACAAGCUCAUUCGAAAAUUGCGAGAAGCAAAUAAUGGUGAUCUGAUUUUUACCGUAGACGGUAUAGAAGGGCUGUUUGUCGUGCGCCAGUUCGGGUAAAUUGAACGGUGCGUAGACCACUUGAUAUAGACCACGUAGACACUUGUUAUUGAAUCGAGUCGGCACGAGAUGCUCGACGAAAGCAGGCAGUGUUGGUUGAAGUGACGGCAAUUAAUCGACGAGCUUUGACGUACCGCUGUUAUCGUUUUUCCCGCACGUUUCUACGAGGAAAAAUUGAAAGCGUCAAAAGUAACGAGUCAUCAACCAAUCCAAGAUGGCAGAGGGCCAGGAUAGUCAGAAGAAAAUUACUAUUACCGUUAAAACGCCCAAAGAAAAACAGAGCGUCGAAAUCGAGGAAGAUGCGACGAUUAAAGAUUUUAAGGAUGCGGUCGCCAAGAAGUUUAAUGCACAGCCAGAUCAGCUGUGCCUCAUAUUCGCUGGAAAGAUUAUGAAGGAUCAUGAAAAGCUAACAAAUCACAAUGUCAAGGAUGGUCUGACAGUGCAUCUUGUCAUCAAAGCUCCGCGCACUGCAGCAAGCCAGAACAAUCAAGAUACUACACCGCAAAGAGCUGCAGCUGAUAUAAAUCAGUCUCCAUUCGGAUUGGGUAGCUUGGGAGGACUAAGCGGCUUAGAAAAUCUUGGACUGGGUUCUGCAAACUUUGUCGAGUUACAGCAUAGAAUGCAAAGAGAAUUAUUAACCAAUUCAGAAGCUUUGAGACAAGUUUUCGACAACCCCUUAGUACAGAGUUUAAUGAAUGAUCCUGAAAAUAUGCGUAGCUUAUUGCUUGCUAAUCCUCAAAUGCAAGAACUGAUGCAACGUAACCCAGAAAUAAAUCAUAUGUUAAAUAAUCCAGAUCUUCUUAGGCAAACUAUGGAAUUGGCUCGCAAUCCAUCAAUGUUACAAGAAUUAAUGCGCACACAUGAUCGGGCACUAUCUAAUCUUGAAAGUAUUCCAGGGGGAUACAGCGCUCUUAGACGAAUGUAUAGAGAUAUUCAGGAGCCAAUGUUUGCUGCUGCAGCCAAUGACAGAAAUCCUUUUGCAGCCUUAGUAGAAAAUAGUAAUGCUGAUUCACAAAAUCCUCAACAGGGUCAGGAAAAUAGAGACCCUUUGCCAAAUCCUUGGAGCCAAGGACAACCUAACAGUGGAACAACGACUGGACCAACAACAGGUAUAGGUACUGGAGCAAGAGGUUUGAUGGACACGCCAGGGAUGCAAAGUCUUGCAGCUCAAAUGAUGGAAAAUCCGGCACUCAUGCGUAAUAUGCUGAAUGCUCCUUAUACACGCUCUAUGUUAGAAGCAAUGGCUGCAGAUCCAGCAAUGGCUAGUAGAGUUAUAUCGGCAAACCCGUUCUUUAGGGGUAAUCCACAAAUGCAAGAACAAAUGACAGCUAUGAUGCCUGCCCUAAUUCAACAAAUGCAGAACCCACAAAUACAGAGUAUUGCAACUAAUCCUGAUGCUCUAGCAGCAGUAAUGCAAAUUCAGCAAGGUAUGGAACAACUUCGAACUAUUGCGCCAGAUCUGGUUGGAAGCAUGGGUUUGACAGUCCCUCCUAGUCCAGCAAGUACACCAAGUGCAACUCCUACAACAAACACAAGUUCAACACCUGGCCAACAGACAGACUCUUCAACAAAUCAGGAUGCGUUCUCUCAAUUCAUGACGAGGAUGCUCUCUGCUAUGGCUUUGAACCAAGGAGGUGAGGUCGACGGCCAACUCCCCCCACCAGAAGAACGAUACAGGGCGCAACUAGAGCAAUUGACUGCAAUGGGCUUUGUUAAUAGAGACGCAAAUUUACAAGCACUAAUAGCUACGUUUGGAGAUAUUAAUGCCGCUGUUGAAAGACUACUGGCCAAUGGACAACUAUCUAUGAGCUAACCACCACAACUAGUAAUGCUGUUAUUCCAUUAUAAGCCAGAAUCCCCUUAUACUUUCCCUAUUGCAUCAGACAAGGUGACAGAAACUUGAAGUAGCUUUUGACUGUCAAAAAUUAUAAAAUGAAAAAAAAAUUCCGGCUAUCGUUGACAGAAAAUACACGCUACUUUUCUUCAUUCACUGUGCAUUUUUCUUUUCUACUUAAUAGGUACUUGUGUCGACGCUGAUUGUACCGAACAUUGUAAAAUCCUAGACGUUUGAUAUUUCUCCUGUCUAUUAUUUGAUGUGCUAUAGAUCUAUAUAACUGUAUUUACAUAUCCAGUUUGGAAAAAAUUAUAUUUUGAUUAGCUUGCUGUUAUAUACGUGAUGCAAAGUCAUUAGAUAUUCUUACAUAAACGUGUUUAUUCCCGUAAUGUGUUUUACAUAAAUUGUGUACUAAAAAAAUACGAUUUUUCGUUUUGCAACAUUAAAAUAGUGAACUCUUAUGUUUUUUGUGAAACUUUGAACUGGAUUAUGCAAAAACU